AUGAUUGAUAUCGAGAUGGAUCCCGAACUCGCCGCUAUCAGGGCGAGGAGGAUGGCACAGCUUCGGGGCAAGGGCGGCGGUCAAGCCGGGAUGGGAGGAGUGGGAGGAUACGGAGGAUAUCAGCAGAUGGACCCUGAGCAGCAGAAGGCACAGCAGGAGCGUCAGAAGGCUGCGGAGGAUCAGAGGACUCAGAUCCUGAAAGCGAUCCUUUCCCCGCAGGCGCGCGAGCGACUGUCGAACAUCGCGAUGGUAAAGAAGGACAAGGCGAGGAAGGUGGAGGACAUGCUCAUCAUGAACGCUCAGCGCGGGGCGAUCGGGGGGCAGAUCGACGAGGCCCAGCUCAUAGAGAUGCUGGAAUCCAUCAACGAGCAGACGGAGAAGGAGACUAAGGUCACGUUCCAACGGCGGCGCAUCGACGACGACUGGUGA